UCGUGACAAACACAACUUUUACUUCCGGCUCACAGUUCGGACUACAUUCAAGAUUUUUCACGUUUACCAGUAUUUAACUUGUGGUGAUUGUGUUCUCCUACAUAUUCCAAAAAAACAACUCUUUUUCAUUGCACUUUGCAGUUGUAUAUCUUUGAAGGAUAUAUUUUGUUUGUCGUAUGUCCAUCCAGAAUCUUAAUACAUUUGACCCCUUUGCGGAUGCAAUCAAGGGUUCCGAUGAUGAUGUUCAAGACGGACUUGUCCACAUAAGAAUCCAACAACGAAAUGGUCGUAAGACCUUAACAACUGUACAAGGACUCUCUUCGGAAUAUGACCUGAAAAAAAUUGUUCGAGCAUGUAAAAAGGAAUUCGCAUGCAAUGGGACUGUAAUAGAUCACUCAGAGUAUGGGGAGGUGCUCCAGCUUCAGGGAGAUCAACGAGAAAAUAUUUGCCAGUGGCUAACGAAAGCAGGUCUGGCAAAACCUGAGCAACUAAAAGUCCAUGGUUUUUAAAAACAAAAA